GUUUCUAGUUUCUACAAAGUUUCUAGAAGUGUUUGACAGAUUUUGACAUUUUUUGUUAAAAGUUGGAGUGAUUUUUUUUUAUUUCUGACUCUGACCAUAAAGUAGUUAAUGUUAAUUUAAUUGAAGAGGAGGACUAAUUAUUAUUAAGGACUAUUAUUAUUAUUAAAAAUGAGUUUAGUAGCUCCGGCGGUUACUUCACCUUCUGUAGAUUUGAGUUCCUAUCGAGAUCAGCAUUUUAAGGGUUCUCGAGCGGAACAAGAUAGAUUACUGAGAAAUUCCUGUACUCUCUACGUAGGAAAUCUUUCUUUCUACACAACAGAGGAACAAAUUUAUGAACUUUUCUCAAAAUGUGGUGACAUUCGACGUAUCAUUAUGGGUCUUGAUAAAUAUAAGAAGACGCCCUGCGGUUUUUGUUUUCUUGAAUAUUACGUGAGAGCUGAUGCUGAAAAUUGUAUGCGAUAUGUAAAUGGCACGAGGCUGGACGAUAGAAUUAUUCGAACAGAUUGGGACGCAGGUUUUAUCGAAGGUCGACAAUACGGUCGUGGAAAAACUGGUGGUCAAGUAAGAGACGAAUACCGAUCAGACUUUGACAGUGGCAGAGGUGGAUAUGGAAAAAUUAUACAGCAAAAAGUAACUCCUCUUUCCGACUCAUUUGGUCGGUAAAACUAAACAUUAAUUUAUUUUACUGUAGGUUAAUUUAACUAGUUUAUAAUGUUCGAGAAUUGAUUUUCUUUAAAAUUAUAAAUUUCUUUCGAAAUUUA